AAUUAAGAAGAAGAAGGAGGUACGGGCGUCGGGCUAUCUCACUUGGAUUUAUUUUUGUUUCUAUUUUAGCAAAAUUUUCCGUAAUAUGUCCAAAAGGUCAAAUCCAUAUGCAGAAGACUAUAUCCCACAAAGUAAAACUUACGUGAGCUUAAAACAGUUUAACAACAAUGAACACAGGUUGCAAAAAGUAUAUGAGAAAACCCUUGAUAUGCUAUUUAAGGGUGCUAACAAACCAAUAGAAGAAGAGAGCAUAAAAACGAAUGGUAUUAAACAACAGAAGAAAGAUGGAAAGAAACAACUGUUCAUUGGUAGAGAUGGUUCUCUUUUACAUACAGGAUUUCAGGUAUCAGAGAAGUCAGCAGUGGAAGAAUGCGAGUGUGGCAAUAUAAAGGCAGAACAUUGUGCAUACUGUGAGUCCGUCCUGUGCACUUCCUGCCAGCAUCACUGUCAGCGCUGCAGCCAGUACUACUGUUCCAGAUGCUCUUUAUCAGGAUUGGACAGUUCAGAGGUGUGUGUCUCAUGCUAUACUUGAUUUUAUAUAUACUUACUUAAAUACUUAAUCAAAACUACAAUAAUUGUCAGAAAUAUGAAGUUAAAUAAUUACUUAUUUGAAGUUAUAAGCUUAUAACCAUAAAUUAUGACAAUUCUGAACAAAAUUCAACGCUGGUAGUUAAAGGUUAACAAUUUUUAUUAUUUAUGAAGAAAUUUGUUAGUUGAAGGAGUUAGUUAAAAUAUUAGUU